GUGAAGGCAUAGUGUAUUCGUUCAUUUCCGUUCGGUGGCGUCGUGAAUUAAUCGUUGUGGUGCUGGAAUAAAGAAGUGAAGGUUUUAUAGAAAUUGUAGAAAUUGUUUUGGAAAAACACAUUUUUAUUGUUAAGCUAAAUUUAUUUAGCGAACCGAAGCAGGAUUUGGAAGUAUAUACGCAAAGAAAUAAUACUACUUUCUGAAAAAUGGUGGGAUCACGCGUUUAUGUCGGAGGGUUGCCCUAUGGUGUCAGAGAACGCGAUUUGGAGCGUUUUUUCAAGGGUUAUGGCAGAACAAGGGACAUUUUAAUUAAAAAUGGCUAUGGUUUUGUGGAAUUUGAAGAUUAUCGCGAUGCCGACGAUGCAGUUUACGAACUAAACGGGAAAGAAUUACUGGGGGAAAGAGUUGUUGUUGAGCCAGCCCGUGGAACAGCUCGAGGUGGUGGAGGCCAUCGAGACCGAUACGAUCGCUAUGACAGUGGCCGUCGUGGUGGUGGUCGCUACAACGACAAAAACAAAAAUAACAACAGAUCCAAUUCACGUUAUGGACCACCAUUACGCACUGAAUAUCGACUUAUUGUUGAGAAUUUGUCUAGCCGUGUCAGCUGGCAGCUCGCAUCCUAAGGUGGUCACCAAGAAUGAGAGUUGGACUAAAUCGAAAAUGUUGUGCCAAUGGCCAAAUAAGCCAAACCGGAGAGGAUGAAGAAGAUGUUGCACUUGAAGAGAUGAUGACAUUAUCUUAGUGACUGGUUGAACAUGUUCGCUCUUUUAAUAAUCUUUCCUCUAUGAUGUAUUUGUUGUGUUGGUUGUGUAAAUCCAGAGGCCAUGGUGGUGACUGGCAAUAGACAGGGAAACAAUAAUAAUAGUACCCCAACUCACACACAACAAUCUCGUUGGGCUAGCCAGGUCCGGUCAAUGAGACGCAAGUUUUAAGUCAGGCUUACAAUGAACAACUUUGCUGCCACGAAAUAAACCUAAGGACUGAUCAGCGAUGAUUUCUAUCUGAAUGUGGAUACAUUGGUCCCGAAGAUGUUGCUCGUCGUCGUACAUUCCAACGAACAUGCUAGGCUACAUUACAAGGCAAUAUAAUACCACUAUAUACUACCUCCACAAUCUGGAUGAAGACGACCGUGCAAUGGUUGAGAUCCAUCCCAAGAAUGCAUUACACUGUUUCUUAUUGUGUCCAGUGCGCACUUUCCAUAUUAUCGCAGAAAUUCCAUCAUUAUUGUAUGACAUUGUAUGUCAUGGAAGCAUGGAAGGAAGGAACGGAGAAAAUGACAAAGUUUCUCCUUUGAUUCCUCCUCUGCUUCAGUGAAAUGCAAUGAUUGUCAUAAUGUAGGAAUUUUUGCCUAAGUCCUUUGAGAUCUAAAAUGAAUGAUGAGCUACAGAAUUUUUUAGGUAUUUUAAAUAACAAAUGAAUACACGAUUAAAACAUUAAUAUUUUUGCCAUAUAAACAUUUAAUUUUAGAACUUUAUCUUUGUGUCUAUAUCAUGUAUUCGUUGGCCAUUUAAGAUCUUAAAUUGAAGCGCCAUUAUGAGACGUGUGCUGAUGUCCGUCCCAAUGGGAAUUUAAAAACCAAUGAGACACUUUAAAAAUUACAUUUGGAUUUGAGGCAAAUCACCUACACAGGGUUCCAUAAAUCGAACGCGGUUAUUUGAAUGAUGACCACCUUGGAGACCCAAUGGGAUCUUAUGAUGUCCGAAGAAAGCACCAUAGAUAUCAAAUAGAAUUGACGAGAAGGCUCCUAAGGCGCAUUUCUUACUUGUUUUUUUGGGCGAUUGAUUUUUACUGGAAGCUUCUACCUUUCUUACUUUCUGGUUGAUGAGCGACUAUGCCCACAAACGAAUUCAAUAUCCAAAGGCCAAGCAAACGAGACUAAUUGAAUAUCAAAAAUGGGUACCUACCAAUGUGAAAGACGAUUGCCAAAAUAUCGAUCGUUACCACAACAGUUGAUGAUGAUCGAAGACGACAUACCAGGUUUUCGAGCCUUGCCAAAUAAUUGCUACAUUAUUUGUGUACCAGCGGACCUUUCAGGCAUACCGGAUUUGAUGCGGCGCCCGUUUCCUAUGUACAAAACACGCAAAAUUAAACAUGUCUUUUUGUUGCAAAAAGGCAUGCUUACAAUUUUUCUCUUUUUCAGUAAAUGGAUGGCGAACUUAUGCUUUGUUGCUAAAAUGGUUUUGGUCCAAUACUACGCAUACAUCCCUAGAGUCAGACAGAAAUCAAGCAUUUCCAUACAUGGAAUGAGGGGGAUGUGCUUGGUGGUGCCCCCCAGUAUUUUUGCAGAAUAUUGGUUAUGGUCUUACUGCGUCGCUUCCCGCCCGUCCUCUCUAUGAGACAGCCCAGAUGUCACAUACAAUUCAAUAAUAUACCUAGGGGAUAUUUUGAUAACUUGAUCUAAAUUGUGGCAGCUGUGGUGAAUCCUCUCUGGCUUGCAUACCUAAUCUCAUGUUGUGGUGGUUUAAACGAAGAGCAGCUAUUUUCCUCCUUAUUUUGUACGUGUAUUUUCGUUUAGUAGUAUAGUGGAAAACAAUAUGCGCACGAUGAGCCACGUUCGAUUGCCAUGAAAAAAUCCCCCUUUCUUAAGACGAUCAAUGAGGAUGGUGAUGAUGAUGUGUGUGUGCCCCCACAAAAUCCCCCAUACUAAAAUGAUUAUUAUGUGCGUUGUUACUGAGGUGCAAUGUGUGAACGUCUCUCUACAACUUGACCAGAUUUACAGCAUUUUGAGAAAUUUCGUAUAACUUACAACAUUCUACUACCUACUACCCACUACUCGAAACACUAGACAUUGUGUUCAGCACGUGCCCCCGUGUGUGUGUGUAAACUUGGUCAGUUGGUCGACGACGACGUGUAAUCUCUGGUUGUUGAUUUGGUCCGAACACAAAAACGUUACAAGUAAAAAAACAGAAAUGUACUAA